GCCGUGCCUCUGCUCCUGCCGCCAUGUCGCUCCCUCACUCCAGCUACGACCCGCGUCGGGUAUGCCUCAACCCGUUCCCCAAUCUCUCUCUCGGCAAACAUAGGCGUACCAUCGGCGUAUACCUCUCAGGGGCUCUCUUCGCGCUGGCGAACUGGACGUUCCUUGACGCCGCAAUCCUCUCCGCGCACGCGCACUCCCCAUACACCGCUCCCGGUGCACCCCCACAGGAUCCCCCAGUGCAUGUCGCGUUCGUCGACUGGGUCCCCGGCAUCUUCUCCCUCCUUGGCUUCCUCAUCGUCAACCUGAUCGACAAGGACCGCAUCCGGGGCGAGGGCUUCGGCGCGGGGGACGAGCGGGCCGUCUGGCGCGCGCGCCUCUUCCUCUUCAUCGGCUUCGCGUGCAUGGCGGGCGGGCUCGCGGGCAGCGUGUGUGUCCUCAUUCUGAAAUACGUGAUCCCCCACUACGCGGAGCAGUUCACGUACUACGGCUACGCGAACGUCUCGCAGAAUGUUGCCAUGAUGCUGAGCGCGGUCGUGCUUUGGAUCGCGCAGAGCGGGAGCAACGAGUACGAGUAUAAUCUCACUCUGUGAUUUGGUUGGCGGAUACAUUGUCAAUGUGUAAUCCUAUGCUGCCGAUAACCUGGAGAAUUGGCUUCUCUUGCAUAUCCCUGCCUCAACACAUCUACGUCUGCUCGUGCUAUCACUUCCUUGGUGUCCUCCCUAUCGCGCGCAUGAACGCCUCGAACGUGAUCUUCUCCGCGUAGAUGUCUUCGUCAAAGUGCCUUUCCCAUAUUCCCUCAGCAUCCACCUUCACCACGUCCGCCGCCCGCAUCGCGUCUCUGAACAGCCGCACCAGCGGGAAGACCCACUCAGCGACGACACCUCUGAACUGCGGCAAGGUGAGCUG